AUGGCCGUCAUACUUGGUGGUGAUUCCCGGAAUGGCACCUUCGUCUUUCCGUCACACAUCGAGUACUGCCUCUUGAGUACGCUUUGCACCUGUGGUAUGUCGACCGAGGCGACACCCAGCGACAACUCGAGUCCACGAGAUAUCCAUUCUGUCGUCUUGCAGACCACUUUGCAAGAGAUCACAACGCGACCGACGGAUCUCCAAGAUUGUUGCGUCAUUUGCCUCGAAGAGAUCACGGAAGGCUGUGAAGCGCAACCGUGCCACCACCACAAUUUCGACUUUCUCUGCCUCGUAACAUGGCUGGAACGACAGGUAGCGUGUCCUUUGUGUAAGACCGAUAUCAAGGAGGUCCGCUACGAGUUCAGCGACGACCGAAAGCAAUGGAAAACCUUCAAGGCCCCUGAGAGACCCGACAAGGCUGGAGUUACGGCAAAUGUGUCUUCUACUCAGCAGACGAGGCGAUAUUAUUCUCAAGCUCACUCACGGCGGCUACGGCCUCAUGCACCUUCAACGACUCGGACGCUCACUCCAUCCCAAGAUGAAGCUAUCACCCGCCGAAGGACUGUCUACCGAAACCAGCUGUACUCAUUACACGUCGGCUCGAACCGGAUCUCAAGAUACAGAGAUUUGACACCGCAGAUGUUUGCCUCGGACACGGAACUUGUCUCGCACGCGCGUACAUUUCUUCGACGCGAACUCCAGGUCUUCGAAUUCCUCUCACCUGACAAUGAUACACGGCCGCAAGAUACCGACCCUAUCCGGCGUCGCAGAGCCAACAACGCCGAGUUCCUGCUGGAGUACAUCAUCGCUAUAUUGAAGACUGUCGACAUGCAAGGCAGCAUGGGCCAAGCUGAGGAGCUUAUCCAAGAGUUUCUGGGGAGAGAGAAUACGCGAUUGCUACUUCAUGAGCUUAGAGCAUGGCUGAGAAGCCCCUACAUGUCGCUCGAAAGCUGGGACCGCGCAGUACAAUAUCCGGAUGUCGCACCCAAACGGCGACGGUCACAGAGCCCUGGCGCAGUUAAUCGUGGAGAGUCGUCCACAAGCGCCAGCGGCAUAUAUCCUUCGAGCUGGAGGAGAGACGAGCGCCGCAGGUAUCGCAGGCAGCCUUACGAAUCACGCCGGUCGCGGAAUGACCAGAGGUUGCGAGAGGCAACAGAGCGGUAUUCCGUUGAUUGA